UGAAGCCGGUGCAGCUGCAUCCGUUUGCUGAAGGCGGUUUUUAUUUCCCACUAAACUACAUUAGACACAUUAACUUAACAACGUCGUAAAGUUUAAUGAAUAGUAAUUAGUAUUUAAUGAUAAACAGUUUUAUUGAAGUCAGUAAAGAAGGUGGAUGUUUAGGAGUGCAGAUGAUGUCAGAAUUAACUCCAAAAAACAGAUAAAAUAUGAAGUUUCUCCUGCAGAUGUUUGUAGGAGUUGUUCUGUAGGUCUUAUUGGAGCCCAGAGGGAAGCAUGGUGCCUUUAAAGAGGAGGAAGGUGUCCUCCUCACAUCCUGCUGGGGACUCUGGGACAGUCUAUGGAGGACAUAAAGAACCAAACCAGUUCCCUCAGGUUGUUUUAUUCCUGUUGGAAAGAAAGAUGGGAGCCAGUCGGAGAGCUUUCCUCUCUCAGCUCGGGAGGAAGAAAGGAUUCCAGGUGGAGGAGGUGUUCAGCAAACGCGUCACACACAUUAUUUCCGAGAACAACGGCGGUGACGAGGUCAGGACGUGGCUGCUCUCACAGGUCGGAGGUCACACGCCUGCUCACCUGCUGGACGUCAGCUGGUACACGGAGAGUAUGGCUGCAGGACGUCCUGUUGAGAUACUGGACAGACAUAAACUGCAGGAGCAGCAGGUUAAUGACGAGGAGGUCGUGGCGUUCUCCGUACCGAGCUACGCCUGUCAGAGGAGGACGACUCUGGAGAACCACAACGCCGUCCUGACUGAUGCUUUGUCGCUCCUGGCUGAGAACGCAGAGCUCAGCAAGGAGGAGGGGCGAGGAGUGGCGUUCCGAAGGGCCGCCGCCGUGUUGAAGGCGCUCCCCAAACCGGUGGCGAGCAUGACGCAGCUCAGAGGGCUUCCCUGUCUGGGAGAGCAUUCACUCAGAGUCAUCAAAGAUAUUCUGGAGAACGGAGCUUCAAGUGAAGUUGAAUCUACGAAACAGUCUGAGCGAUACAAAGCGCUGAAGGUUUUAACAGGUAUUUUUGGAGUCGGAGCGAGAACAGCGGACCGAUGGAUCCGAGACGGGAUACACAACCUUCAGCAGUUACAGGAUUCAGGACCGACGCUCAAUCGAGCUCAGCAAGCAGGCCUCGAGCACUACGACGACAUAAACCAGCCGGUCAGCAAGGCAGACGCCGACGUCAUCAGUGAGGUCGUGGAGAAAGCGGUUGUGUCUGUGUUACCAGGCGCACACAUGACUCUGAUCGGAGGAUUCAGGAGCUGUUUGAGAGAGAGCUGCGACGCUGGGCGGGCCACGAGAAGUCCAUGUCUCUGAGCAGCCACGCUCUGUACGAUAACAAACAGAGUAAAUAUCUGAGGGCAACGUCAGAGGAGGAGAUAUUCGCUCAUCUUGGUCUGGAGUUCGUUCCUCCGUCGGAGAGAAACGCCUGAACGGACCUGGUCUUAAAUAUUAGGUCCAAACUAAAAAAUAAAAGUCAAAUAAUUCAUUUUCAUUAAAGUAAUUUUAGGUCGUUUUAUGAUCAUUUUGGAUGCGGUUAAAUUGUAUUUUGUUACAUUGGCUGGUGUUUCCGUUAUUUUGUCCACUGCAUUUACAUCAAUGAGAGUAUGAAAUAACAGAAACUAUAAUAUAAUAAUAAUAAUGAAGUUUAUUUUAGACAGUAUUUUACAUGUUAUGUUUGUUUUAAACAUUGCAGCUCUUUUAACUGAAGAAUUUAAAUAUUUUAUUUCAUAUUUACUUGCAGAACUUGUCUGCAGAACAACUCCAAAAAACCUGAACAUUACAACCUUAAUGAAAUGAAGAUUUAUUGUAUUGGACUUCAUUAGUUGUAGCUAAUAAAUGAUAAAUUAAAAAGUUAAUAAUAAAGAUAAUACGAUGCUACCUCUAGAACUUGAGUGCCUGUGAGAGGAAGUUAACUGCUUGUAUUUCACAAUAAAAGAUGUUUGAAUGAA